AUCAUUUUUAACUCUCAACUUUUAACUUUUUUUCUUUGUUUUAAUUGUAAAAUUUUUAAAUUUAAAUUUGCCAUAGUUUUAAUUCAGCACUUUCAAGUUAAAAGUUUUAACACACACUCAAGAUAUUUUGUAUACGCGAACUAGUUGCUGUUGUUGAGAUGAAAAUGAUGAUUCGAGUUGCAGAUGCUGGUGAAGAAAUGAGGCCGCUAGUGAGCCGGCAAAGAUGGCGCUUAAAUGCGCUGGGGCAGCCACUGUCGCACUCAAAAGAGCCAAGCCGCAUGGCCGAGAAAACAACAAAAUCAACCUGCGAAAUCAACAAUGCUAAGCCCAACAAAGAAAUUUGCUCGGCCCAAGCGACCACUACAAACUGUUGAAUCAAGAUGUACGCCUGCAUGAGCUGUUCUUGUUCGUAAAGAUUUGGGCCAAGAAACUGAGGAUUAUUGGCAAAAUCAUGACAAGCUAUUGCCUGAUUACGCUCAUCAUUUAUCAGCUGCAACAGCAACGCCCUUUGCCCUCGAUAAAGAAGCUGCAGGCUGGCAUUCCUGUCAUCGAUAUUGGAGGCAUUAACUAUGCGUAUAGCUUUGAGCAUGUGCCAGCUUUGCCGGCUUUUUUGAACACCUUUGAUCUGGUCAGCGGAUUCUUUGAGCUCUACAGUCACAUAGACUUUGAGAAGAAGAUGCUGUCGCCGUAUUUGGGUCAUGCCUUGGAUGUGGAAGCAGCGUUCACGGUUCCGGGCAACAUUCCCGAAUACAAUGCCUAAGUGCUAGCCAUCGAGAUGGUUAUGCAAGAGCGCAUCAAACCGUUUAAUGUUGAAAGUGACGUUUUCGUGCAGGAUCCAUUUGAGCUAUCGCGCAAUGUGGGUCAAUCCAUAUCAAAAACGAAUCUAUUCUAUCUCAAUCAGUGCUUGGCAGCGGCAAACGAGGCAUGCAACGAUGCCAAAUUAAAGUCAACGCCGCCCAAAUUUUAUGACUACUUGCUAUUUGGGCUUGCCGAGCAACUGGUGGAGGAACAUCGCUUGGAACACGUACACCCAGCUAAGCAACGCCAACAGAUGCCAAAGAAAGAAGUGAAGACUGCCGAUGCAGUUGUAGUUGAAGCUAAGGUUGAUGUUGCCUCUACAACUGUAGCUGCCAAAGCGGAUGAAUCAUCAUCGUCCAGUGAUGACAAAAAGCCAACGGUUGCGGACAAUAGUUCGAUGUCAUUGGUGCAUGUAACUUAAAGCUUGUUUCCAAUAAUAAUUUAACUAAUGACCUUAA